CGAGAACGGGAUGCAAAAUAUUGACAAUUCCGAUUUUUGUUUUGAGUGACAUCAUAAUGACAUGGCGCAGGAAGUCGAAACAGUGUCCCUAAUUGGAUUCCCGAUGAUAUUACAAGUGAUGGAGGAUGGAUAAAGAUAUACCAUCAGACAAACAAAGGCAUGACCAGCCACCGAGUAUAGACCACGUACUGACGCUCAUAAACAGUUUAGUCAAAGAGAAAAACUUUCAAGAUGCUUUAGAACACACAAACACUGCCUUAGCUAAAUACAAAAACAAUGAAAAAUUACAAGAAAAGAAGAUCAAAAUCCUGUGUCAUCAGGGAAAGUUUGAGGAGGCAUUUGACUUGGCCAAGAACUGGAGAGAAGCCGAACCACAGAAUGCUGUGGCCACUAAGGAAUUUAAAAAAUUGAAAAAGGUCAUUCAAGUUUUACGAGAUCAGGAUUCAGAAGAAGAAGAGGAUGAGGAGGGAGAAGAAAGCACCCCUCCCCCUGUAACAACUCCACCCACAAACCCCACCCAGACAGAACCUACACCCACUUUACCUGCACCCCCAGCACCCACACAAAAGUUAGAGAACGAAGGAGCUUGUGCUCUGAAUGAUGAAAAGGAUGAUGAAGAUUUUAGCUGCACAUUUUGUGACAUCAAGUUCGUAUCUGCCAGUGAACUGGAGACUCACUGUCGGAGUGACCUACACAAAAAACGAAUCACCUCAGACGAAGAUCAGAACUGGAAAUAUCGAGUUCCGCCCAGAAAUUUGACCAGUGAAGAAUUCACGAUUUGUCGCAGUGUUUUAGACGCUGACUCAAAUCGUUAUGAAGAAACCAGAAAGUGCACAUUUGGGGACAAAUGUACUCAGGCACACUCUAAGGAAGAGCUUCAGGAAUGGAAGGAACGCUUCAAGUUCCGGACACAGCAAAUCAAGCGUGCCCGUGACAAACAUCUCCAUGGUAACACAUAUGCAGAACAGCUGAUGGAAAAACUGGUCAAUGCUGAAAAUUCUAAGUCUGUGAUGAUACAAAAUGUUGAAUAUGCUAAGGUCCAUGUAAAUUCAGAGUUGAAAGUAAAUAUGACCACAAAGAAAUGCACAAAUGCUUGGACAUUCACGAUCACCAGCAAGAGAAGCCUGCACCGAGUAACCUUACUGGACGACACAAACCGCACAUACUUCUACAUAGCUAGUAUAUCCGUGGGACCAAAGAAGACCCAGAAAUACCAGAACCUAGAGACCCACUGCCAGGAAUGGGUCAACCCAGACUACACCACACGACACACCGGAGAAUACGUCUACAGGGUCAAGGUUGUUUUCAAGACUGACAUUUAUGGGACUUUCCGACAAACCCUGGUUUAUGAUUUUGGGUUGGAGCCGGUUCUCAGCAGAGAGAUGCAGAUAGAAUCAGCACCCAUUACAGACAUAGAAAAACUCAGCAAGGACCUGGUACUCAGUGAACAAGGGCGCUGGAAAGUGGAGAGUGUAGAUCUUGUUCGUUUUGAAAAUAAGCCAGUACCUGAAACUGAGGAAGAAAAGCAACUUUUAUCCAAGUACAGUUUGCCUGAGGCAGACAAGUUCCGUCUAUCAGAGCAUCUGAUGCAUCCACCCUCUAAGGAAACCUACAGGAUUUGGAUGCAUGAGAUGCUUUAUAUUGAGGAAUGGGCCCAGAUGGAUCAUAUCUCUAGAUACAACAUAAAGACUUCAUUGCAGCUUGUGAACCGCUUUCUGCUUGUACCAGGGGCCCUGAGUGGGGCUAAGUAUGCCCAAGGAGGGGAACUAUUUGCUCGCAUGAAACUAGAUGAUGAGUUGUCUGAGGACUCUGCUGGGGGUCGUCUGAUUCUGAUGAGUUCUAAUGUAGCAUGGCUGGCCCCCUACAACCCUGAUGAUAAGAUGAACUCGAAGCAGAAUAAAAAGGUUUAUCAGGUGCUCCUAGAAGACAAGGGAAAGAACUUUAUAUUUUUACGGCUUCCAGAGAAGUGUGUUUCAGAGCUAAACUUAACCUGUGACCAGGAGUUCCAUGCAGAGAUACAGUUCCAGCUGAAUAGAGUGCCCAUGUGUGAGAUGCACUCAGCCAUUGAUCAACUUCCUACAUUAGAUCUAGUAUUUCCCCCUCUCCAGAGAAUUCCCACUUCACCCUGGUACCCUGAAGACAUGGAGUUCAGUGAAACAGUGAGUGAAAGACUGAAUGAGAAACAAAAGGCAGCCAUUAGGGGCAUUACUGCAGCAGGAGACAAAUGUCUACCCCCGCUACUGCUGGUAGGACCCUGGGGGACAGGCAAGACAUACACUCUAGCUCAGGCAGCAAAGCAUGCAUUGGAAGUGGAGGACAACAGGAUUCUGAUCUGUACUCACUCCAACAGUGCUGCUGAUUUAUACAUCAAAGAUUUUAUUCACCCCAUUGUAAAAGAGGGCCACAUGGAUGCUGUGCCCCUACGUAUUUACUACCGUCAUCGAUGGGUGCAGACUGUUCCUGAUGUGGUGUUACAGUACUGCCUCCUAGAAAUGUCUGCUUCCCAGGGUAACUUCAGGAUGCCAUCCAGAGAGGAGGUGGACAGACAUCGCAUCAUCAUCACCACACUAAAAACUGCCCGAUAUUUAUGUGACCUUGACCUCCCUCAAGGGUACUUUAGUCAUAUAUUUGUGGAUGAAGCAGCACAAGCACUGGAAAGUGAGACUCUGAUUCCUCUAUCUCUUGCUGGCAGGACCACUAAAAUCAUCCUGGCAGGGGACCAUAUGCAGUUGAAUCCAGAAGUGUACUCAGACUUUGCUAAGCAGCAAGGCUUCCAGAAGUCAAUGCUUGACAGACUUUACGAACUCUACCCAGAUGACUGCCCAUGUAAGAUCAUGUUGUGCGAGAACUACCGAUCACACGAGGCUAUCAUUGACUUUACCUCUGACCUGUUCUACGAUGGUAAACUGAUAUCUAGUGGGAACCAGCCAGCACAUCCUAACUACUACCCACUGACAUUUUUCUCUACCCGCGGGGAAGACCUACAACAUGAGAACUGUACAGGAUUUUAUAACAUUGCUGAGGUCCAUGAAGUUGUGGACAGAGUGGAUGAUCUUCAGAAAAAUUGGCCUCCAGAGUGGGGUGAGAUUGAGGGCAACAUUGGAGUAGUAGCGCCAUAUUCUGAUCAGGUGUUUCGAAUUCGUUGUGAGCUGCGGAAAAGAAAAAUGAUGAAUGUCAGUGUAGAAAGAGUGUUUAAUGUACAAGGGAAGCAGUUUCGAGCUAUAAUCUUGAGUACUGUUCGGACUCGACACACCUGUAGCUCUGACUCGUCUCAAGAGGACGUGUACGACUAUGGCUUCCUGUCCAACGUUAAACUGCUAAACACAGCUCUGACCCGAGCCCAGUCUAUUGUUGUUGUUGUAGGGGACCCUCUGUCUCUCUGUCUUGUAGGAAAAUGCAGAAAAGUGUGGGAGUACUUUUUAGAGACAUGUAAUGAACAGAAGAGCUUUUUUGGAAUGAAGUUCAGUGUCCUGAAGGCUCAGUUAAACAGUGCAGAGCUGAGGAAAACAUAUGUCCUCAACCCACUAGCUCCUGAGUUUGUCCCCAAUCGUUUGUACCAUGUGACGAGUCAGAACCACAUGACUACUGGAGGAGCAGGAGGACACAAUCCAGCAAAUCCCGGGUAUUUUGUGGGUCAGAGAAUGAUGUACCCAGGAGCUCCAUAUCCCCAGCAGAUGUAUGUACCUGUGCCGUAUCAAGGCUACUAUCCCCCAGUUAUGUACAGACCCUAUAUGUCCCCAUUUGUUGGAGGAGGAAUGGGAGGUAGAGGUCGAGUUCCAGCCAGAGUUAUCUACCCUAGACAGGUACCAGUGAGUGGUUCUUCCCCAAAGUCUUCAUCCCCUGCUAAGUCUUCUGGUUCAGAUGGUGAAAGAGUGGCCAGCCCAGAUAUAACAAGAAAUACUGAGUCCCCCCAAGGUCAUGGGUCAAGCAAGAAAAGUCACUCCUCAAGGAGCAGGCCAAUGGUGUAUGUUCCUCGAAUACCUGCACCUUAUCCAGCUAUGUACUAUCCAUACCAGCCUUAUCCAGGAUAUUAUUACCUACCUGAGGACCCAAGGUUAGCUCAAGCCCAUUCAAGGUAUCCUUAUGUUGCACAGGGUAUUCCACCUCAAGUGUAUCCACACCCAUACCCAGCAGGUCCCUACAUAGGUCCUGCCAUUCGAGCAGCUUCUCAGGUCUCCCCUGAGAACACUCCAUCACCUGGGGAGAGAAGUCCCAAUUCUCAGAGAAGUCAUUCUCUGUCCCCAGGGCCUCAAAGACCUCCAAGAUCACAGUCUCCUGCUCUGUCUCCCAACUCUGUUGCUGCAGCUGUGGCAAGUGGCCAUUAUCAGAUACUUCCUAAUGUGAAGCACAUACCAGCACAUCUUUAUCCCAAGCCAGGGAGUUCCGGCAGUAACUCUAGGUCAAGCACACCCCUGGGUGGAAGAGACUCACCAGCAACUGAAAAAGCAGGUGAAGAGGUAAGGGCUAGUCUGGAGCAUGAUUACCUGAAGUCUGUUAGUCCAAAACUGGACUUGCAGGAGAGAAGAGCCUCAGCACAGAGUCCUCUUGCUAGGGUAAUUUCUCAAAGACAAGGGUACAUCAGAGAAGAACUUGAAGCUAUGACAUCCCACAGCAGUCAAAGAAUGACCACAAAUUCACACUACCAGAAUAUGAUGGCUAAUAACAGGAGUAGCAGUGCCACACUGCAGAAUGGGGCAGGAGGAAUGGAGAAGAAUGACAAAAAGCCAUCAAAACUGGAUUUACAAUCUGCCACUGGAUUUAGUCGCCAGUUUAGUGAAGAUAUUACCACUCCAACAGAAAUCACAAAUUUGGUCAAAAUGAUUGACGACAUUGAUGAUCAAGAGGCAAACAAUUUAUCCCACCAGUCAUUUGCUGCACAUAAAAACACAUCGGGGCGACUGUACCUGAACAUCCCACAGCAGCAGGAGAUAGUGAUGGGAGGCUCAGCUUCCUCAUCCCCACCCUCAGGCAGUCCACCCUCUGGAGAUCAGAAACCCACCUAUGCUGGUGUCCUAAGGCGAAGAUUGCCCUCAGCUCAAGGCGAUAUUGACCCCAGUCUACUGGAGCCCCAAACACCACACACCCCUUUAGGAUUUACAACUCCCGGCACAGAAAUAGAUACAGACCCACUGGGCAUUUUGAGAAACUUGAACAUCAAUGCAUCUGCAGAAAGUCAAAGAACAUACAAGUAUUUCUCUUAAAUCAAGUUCUGUUCACUAAUUCUGUGAACUUAUUUUUUAGUGAUUAGAUUUUAGAGUUGCUGAUAUUUGUCUCAAGAACACUGAUUUUACUAAGUAGCAAUGCUGCUUGCUGGUAGAUUAGAAAAGUUUACAUUGAAACCAAGACUGUUACUGCCUUAAAUGGUUAAUAUUUAUUUUUUUAUGAAAAAUUCAUUCUCAUGUUGAAGUGGUGCAUAUUCUCUUUAUUAUUAUAUACAUAUAUAUUGUGUGCUUUGCAAUUUCUUCCAACACAUAUCUUGAUUUGGUGUAAAAAUUAAAUAUGGACUUGUAAAAAUUAGCAAAAAUAAAUUGUUAUUUUAUUACUAAUGUAUAGUUUAAAAAUUGAAUAUUUAUAGAAAAGUUUCCUAUAAUCUUAGAUUGUUACAUAAAAUUGAUUUUAACUUUACAUAUCUGUAAAUUUUGUGCUAUUUUAAUUUGAGUGUUUGUAACGUUAUAAGUUUGACAGUCAACAAUCCCCUCCACCACCAUCCUGUUCCUUUAAAUUAGAAAUGUUUUGAAGGACCAAGUUUUAUCAAAUUUAAUUAAAGGUAGCAUAUAUGUUUACAAGAGUUAUGAAAAAUUAGGGGAAUGAAAAAUUUUGUAGAUUGAUAAUAAAAUGGACAUGAAAUGAGCCUAUAAGUUUUCUUCCACUGACCCCUUUCUCCUAUUAUUAAGCUGUCAAACUACUUUUAUGUAAAUAAUUGCAGACAGUGCUACUUUUUUUUCUUUUAAGUAGAACAAAGUGAGGAUGUCUGUAAAUUUUGAUUGACAUCUGAGCUUUGAUUUUCAAGUCAUAUGUGUUGGUAAUUAAAUUGUAUAUAUUGUAACCAAAAGUUAGACACCAGUAGAAGGUUUAGCUAUUUUAUUGCUUAUUGUGUUUGUCAAGUCUUAAGUAGGCCUGCUCCCCUUGCUGUAAAUAAUUUUUUAUUCAAUGAACAUUUCAAUUUAAGAUUAUGUAUAAGACCUAAAGAACUUUUAUUUACAAAACUGCAAAAGUUUUCCCUUUGUUGGACAAUCAUUCUUGAACAAAUGUCAUGAUGUUCAGUCAGUUAUUAAUCAAUAGCAUUAAAACUUAAGUGAUGUUUGUAAAAAAAAAAAUGCAAUAUUUUUGUUUACUGUAACAAUUUUUGCCCCUUUGUGUUUGUAAUGCUUAAUGACUUAUAUAGUGCUGUGAUGGCUUGAAUAGUAUAUGUAAUCUGCAUAUAAAAUAUGCUUUGCACUUGGACUAGUUUGAAAGGGAACAGUGCAUUCUUUUACCUUUUGUGUAGUGAAACUUUUUUUUAAUUUAUCUAUUAUAUACUAAAAGAUUGUACAUUGGAGUGCAGUGGUAAGAUGAGACACUUGGAGAAGUUUAGAUUUUGAUAAUUUGCAAUGGGACUGUUUUCAUGUCCUUCACUGGCUGGGCUAGCCUAGGUAUUAACAACCAAGCUACAUCCCCAUUGUACUUAUGAUUAGUGCUAUAUUAAAUUUUAUUAUUAUCAUAUAAACACAUAAAUAAAGCAUUAUAAUAUGUUCAUAAUCUAUUAAAUUGCUAGACCUCAACCAUUUUGACUUCUAUUUAAAUGGGAGAGGAAGAGGCAAUUAAUUAAGACGUGUUAACAAGGGGAUGUAUUGAUGGCUGGGUACCAGUUUAGCUUUGACUGGUGGAGAUGGACAACGCCUCCAUUUUAUAUCUUGUAGCACCGUUUCCUUGUAUGGUAUUUGGACUGUUCAUAUGGUGUGGCAGCCAUUUUCCUGGUUUCUCUACCAACUGCAUGUCAUUCCUGAGAGUAUGUUAAAGCAACACAACACUUCUCUAGGUCUAUGACGUGCAGUAGAUAGAGGGGUCAGAGAAAAUGUCCAGUCUGUUACACUAAGAUAGAACUUAAUAUUUACUCUACUGUUAGAUAUUGUGUAUUAUUUAUAAUCUAGCUGUGGUAUUUAAUCGGAUUUAAUAAAUUGUUAUCCUCACAGUAA